AUGGUUAUUGCUAAGUUCCGCAGCCCCCGACAUCGAGACGCCAUGUUGACUGCCAAACUCAACAAAAGUAACCCAAAGGAAAAGCUGUCAACCCAACAUCUUGGUAUGGCGGGUCCGUCAAAACCUGUGUUUGUCUCUGAGCACUUAUCACCAGCUAUCAAGUCCCUGCACGCAGCAGCUCUCCUCAAGGCCAAGAAGGAACAUUUCAAAUUCGUAUGGUUGUUCUUCCUGAUAUUGGCGCUGGUGUGCUCCACUUUCGGGGCCCACGCCUGGGGUCCCAAGUACCCCCGUUAUCGGAGGUCAGUCGAGGGACCGCCCGGUAUCAGCCAGGAAGGGCAGAAUGCGUUGCUGUUCAUUAUAUUGGCGAUGGUGGUGACCUCUAGUUUCGGAAUACGCGUCGCAGUCAGCCGCACAAUACUCGACCAAUGGAGGUCAGCCGCACACCUGGGUUCGAUACGCAAAGAACGUGUAAUUCGCGUAUACGUCAUCUGUCCCCUGUUCGCCCUGCAAACAGUC